UGGGGGAGGGAAGACAAGGCAGAGCAAAGGGGAGAGAAGAGAGAGGAGAGCGCGAGGCGAGAGAGAGAGAGAGAGAGAGAGAGAGAGAGAGAGAGAGAGAGAGAUAGGACUUCCUCCCCGUUCGCAAAGUGAAGUCACUUCCCAAAAUUAGCUGAAAAAAAGUUUCAUCCGGUUAACUGUCUCUUUUUCGCUCCGCUACAACAACAAACGUGCACAGGGGAGCGAGGGCAGGGCGCUCACAGGGGGCACUCAGGGAGGGCCCAGGGCGCCAGGGAGGCCGCGCCGGGCUAAUCUGAAGGGGCUACGAGGUCAGGCUGUAACCGGGUCAAUGUGUGGAAUAUUGGGGGGCUCGGCUGCAGACUUGGCCAAAUGGACGGGACUAUUAAGGAGGCUCUGUCGGUGGUGAGCGACGACCAGUCACUCUUUGACUCAGCAUACGGAGCGGCGGCCCAUCUCCCCAAGGCCGACAUGACCGCUUCGGGGAGUCCUGACUACGGGCAGCCCCACAAAAUCAACCCCCUUCCACCGCAACAGGAAUGGAUCAAUCAACCUGUGAGGGUCAACGUCAAGCGGGAAUAUGACCACAUGAAUGGAUCCAGGGAGUCUCCGGUCGACUGCAGCGUUAGCAAAUGUAGCAAGCUUGUAGGCGGAGGCGAGUCCAACCCUAUGAACUACAACAGCUACAUGGACGAGAAGAACGGCCCCCCUCCUCCCAACAUGACCACCAACGAGAGGAGAGUCAUUGUGCCCGCAGACCCCACGCUGUGGACGCAGGAGCAUGUUCGGCAGUGGCUGGAGUGGGCAAUAAAGGAGUAUGGCUUGAUGGAGAUUGACACCUCCUUCUUCCAGAACAUGGACGGCAAGGAACUGUGUAAAAUGAACAAGGAGGACUUCCUCCGAGCCACCUCGCUCUACAACACAGAAGUGCUGUUGUCACACCUCAGUUACCUCAGGGAAAGUUCACUGUUGGCCUAUAAUACAACCUCCCACACAGACCAGUCCUCACGAUUGAGUGUCAAAGAAGAUCCUUCUUAUGACUCAGUCAGGAGAGGAGGAUGGGGCAAUAACAUGAAUUCUGGCCUCAACAAAAGUCCUCCCCUUGCAGGAGCACAGACGAUGAGUAAGAACACUGAACAACGGCCCCAACCAGAUCCAUAUCAGAUCCUGGGCCCCACCAGCAGCCGUCUAGCCAACCCUGGAAGUGGGCAGAUCCAACUGUGGCAAUUCCUCCUGGAGCUACUCUCUGACAGUGCCAACGCCAGCUGUAUCACCUGGGAGGGGACCAAUGGGGAGUUCAAAAUGACGGACCCCGAUGAGGUAGCCAGGCGCUGGGGAGAGCGGAAAAGCAAACCCAACAUGAAUUAUGACAAGCUGAGCCGGGCCCUCCGAUAUUACUACGAUAAAAACAUUAUGACCAAAGUGCAUGGCAAAAGGUAUGCCUAUAAAUUUGACUUCCACGGCAUUGCCCAGGCUCUGCAACCACAUCCAACCGAGUCGUCCAUGUACAAGUACCCUUCCGAUAUCUCCUACAUGCCUUCCUACCACGCCCACCAACAGAAGGUGAACUUUGUCCCUCCCCACCCAUCCUCCAUGCCUGUCACUUCUUCCAGCUUCUUUGGAGCGGCAUCACAAUACUGGACCUCUCCCACCGGUGGGAUCUACCCCAACCCCAAUGUCCCCCGCCAUCCUAACACCCAUGUGCCUUCACACUUAGGCAGUUACUACUAGAAGCUUAACCAUCAGUGGCCUUCUAGCUGAAGCCCCAAACCCUCACUCUUCCUGGACACUUUGGACUCUAAAGGACAUAUGUGACCUUGAAGAGAAAACAAAACUGGAUGUUCUUUCUCAUUGGAUAGAACUUUUGUAUUUGUUCUUUAAAAACAUUUUUUUUAAUGUCAAUAACUUUUUGCUUCCUCUACCUGAACAAAGAGAUGGAACAUUCCAUGGGCCAGUAUGCCAUUUUGGAUUCUCAAUCUCCUAUCAUCAUAUGAGUUGAGUAUUUAGAUUACUGGAAUGGUUAUAUCAUGGUUCUGAGAAAGAAGCUGUAAAUUUUCUUUAUAUUUUUAUGACCAAAGCAGUUUCUUAUCAACACACGGGUCUCAUCAUUGUAGGAUUCAGUACAAUAAUAAAUCAUGGACUUAACCAGUCAUGUUCUGGUUUGAGACUUUAGUGAAAAUAGACACAGGAAGCUUAUAAUCUUUUUUGGGAAACCUAACUCAGUGGAUGGCAACUGGAACACUGGUUGUUAGGCCAGUGAUGUUUUCACCCAACUGGAAUUUGAAAGGAACAUGUAUGUGUGUGUAUUUAAGAAGCCGUGGGCAUUGCAAAAUCCCCAUUGCUGGGCAAUAUGUACUCACUGACCAUUGUCUCUAGAAAUAGUUGAGAAUAUGAACUAAGAAAUUUGAAUGCAAAUACAGAUAUUCCUAAAAGACAGAGAAUUAAAUAACUAAUUUUUUUAAUGACAGUGGGUCCCAGAACUUUGAAAAGUCAUAGGGAUUUCUGACUUGAACAGAUUCGCAAGCGCUGUGCGUUUGUCAGACCAUCAGACCAGGGUCAACCAUUCAGAAGGCAACUUACUGUAUAAAUUAUGCAGAGUUAUUUUCCUAUAUCUCACAGUAUUAAAAAUAAAUAGAUAAAAAAAUUAAAAAGAAUAAAUAAACGAGUUGACCUCGGUCACAAAGGCAAUUUUACUAUCAAAUCAGUCAUUGUUAUUUUUUUAAUGUAAUUUGUACAUCUUUUGUCAAUCUGUACAUUUGGGCUAUUUGUACGUUUUUAUAGCUGGUUUUUAAAAAAGCAUAAUGUGACUAUUGCUGAAAAGAAAACAGGGCGUUUAAGUCACUGAUUUACUGGAAAGAAAAGCACUGGUACAGUUAUUUAACAGAAAUGCACAGGCAAGAAAGGGCUAUCCAUUUAAAUCUUUAAUGCUUUGGAAAUGUUUGUAAAUAACAGAACUGCAAUAAUCUCAACUCUGAAAAGAACAACCAAACUUUCCCUUGUGGAGGCGAGGGAUUUUCCUGCUCCAUAUAUGCAAUAUAUUUUUUAGACAUUAAAAUAUAUAUAAUUUUGCAGGUAAUCGUUGACUUUUUUUAACUAUAUUAAGUGUUAAGCUGACAACUGUCAAUGAAGACUAUGUUGUAAAAUAAUUUGACUAAAUAAAUUGUGCCUUCUUCUCUCAUAA